AUGGGGAGUUCUGAAAGGAUGGGGGCAUCGUCGAAGCCUGCGAACGCUCCUUCGCAGGCGGCGCCGGAGAAACAAUAUGGUGUCACCAAGGCUAUUUCUAUGGCUGGCCCAACCGUUGCUGAUUUGAAACGUACUAAGAAAUUGGAGAAGUUUUUGGCUGAUUCUGGGCUUUAUGAGGGCAAUGAGGAGGCUUCCAAGAGAUUAGAGGUCCUUCAGCGGCUUGAACAGAUUGUAAAGAAUUGGGUAAAGCAGCUAACUCGUUUGAAGGGGUACACUGAUCAAAUGGUUCAAGAUGCAAAUGCUCUCAUAGUCACUUUUGGUUCUUACCGGCUUGGCGUUCAUGGUCCUGGUGCUGACCUAGAUACACUCUGUAUUGGGCCAUCCUAUGUAAACCGAGAGCAUGAUUUUUUCUUCACAUUGCAUGAGAUCCUAGCUUGUGUGGAUGAAGUUACUGAACUGCAACCAAUUCCGGACGCUCAUGUCCCAGUUAUGAGGUUCAAGUUUGAUGGAAUAUCGAUCGACCUUCUUUAUGCUAGUAUUUCUCGUUUGGUUGUACCUGAAGAAUUGGACAUAUCUGAUGUCUCUGUUCUGCACAAUGUUGACGAGCCUACAGUUCGAAGUUUGAAUGGUUGUAGGGUUGCAGAUCAAAUUCUAAAGCUUGUUCCAAAUGUUGAGUACUUUCGAACAACACUCCGCUGCUUGAAGUAUUGGGCCAAAAGACGAGGUCUUUAUUCCAAUGUGACAGGUUUUCUUGGUGGUGUGAACUGGGCACUUCUUGUAGCUCGAGUGUGCCAGAUGUAUCCAAAUGCAGUUCCGAGCAUGCUUGUCUCCCGGUUCUUUAGGGUAUAUACACAGUGGAGGUGGCCAAAUCCUGUCAUGUUAUGUCCAAUCGAAGAGAACGAGCUUGGGUUUUCAUUGUGGCACCCUCGCAAAAAUCCUCGUGAUCGAACCCAUCUUAUGCCAAUCAUCACUCCUGCCUAUCCAUGCAUGAAUUCAAGUUAUAAUGUUUCUACAAGCACCCUUCGUGUUAUGAUGGAGCAGUUCGAACAUGGCAACAAAAUCUGUGGGGAUAUAGAUAUGAAUAAAAGCUGCUGGAGGGCUCUGUUUGAACCAUACCUUUUCUUUGAAGGCUACAAAAACUUCUUGCAAAUUGACAUAGUUGCUGCUGAUGUUGAUGACUUGCGGAAUUGGAAGGGUUGGGUGGAAUCACGCCUUCGACAGCUGACUUUGAUGAUUGAACGUGAUACUUUUGGGAAGUUGCAGUGUCAUCCCUAUCCUCGGGAGUAUAUUGACCCUUCAAAGAAAUGUUUACAUAAUGCUUUCUUCAUGGGUCUUCAGAGGAAAGAGGGGGAAGUUGUUCAAGAAGGCUGUCAGUUUGAUAUACGUGCGACUGUUGAAGAAUUUCGGCAUUCUGUUAAUAGCUACAUGUUCUGGAAACCUGGAAUGGAUAUUCAUGUUUCGCACAUCCGUAGAAGGCAAAUCCCAUGCUAUGUGUUUCCAGAUGGUUUAAAACGAUCUCGGCCAUCUAGGUCAACAGCACAACUGAAGAAGUCUCCUACAUCAUUUCAUGGAAAUGAGGUUUCUCCGACUGAACAGGGUGAGAAGAACUUUAAGAGGAAGCAUGAUAACAGAGGGGUGAGGCAGAAUGUUGUACUGAAAAAGCAUUGUGUUAGUCCUCCUGUGGAUAGCUUGACAGGAGGCAAUCCAUGCCUCCAUGCUGGUGACAUGUCCGUCCAUGCCGUAUCUGAUUGUCAAGAGUUGAAAAAUGUUGAGAGGACGAGUUUGUCCAAUUGUGAGCAAGAUCAGUUUGAUAGACGAAUGUCUCCAGAAUCUGGGUCUGAAUCUGCAUCAAAUUCAAGUGGGGUUACAUCUGUUUCAAGUAAUGGUGGUUCUUCUCCUGAAGAUGUUGGGUCUGCACCGGUGGUAGGUUUUAUUGAUGAUAGUGCCAUGGCUGUUGAGGCAACGACCAGUGGUAGAUUUGAAGAUAUGACUUACAUGGAAGAUUCUGUAAAACUUGGAAACAAUACACUGGCUGGUAGAAAUAAUGACGUAUUACAGAAAGAGCUACAGGCACAGUUGGAGCCAAUUGCAAUGUCAGGGAUGUUUCUUGAUGCUAAGGGAGCCUUUGAUAAAGAUACCGUGCAAAAGACAGUGAUAAGGAGACUGAGUUUAACAUCGACAGCGUAA